GCGCCCUGCGGCAGCGCCCCGCCAAGCGCUCCGAGGCGCCGCUGGGCGGGGGGCGCAGGGCUGGAGGAUGAGCGCUCCGGUGGAGCCCAGGAUCAAACAGGCGCUGCGGAAGAAGCCCGCGGAGCGUACUCCGGAGGACUUGAAUACUAUCUAUUCUUUCCUUCAUGGACUGGACAUACUAUCACAUUUCAGGGAACAUCAACUAAGAAUAAUGUCGUCAAGUGCCCGCUAUGAGAGGUACAAGGGGAACCAAGUUCUCUUUUGCUCAGAAACUAUUGCAAGAUGCUGGUAUAUCCUGCUUUCUGGAUCUGUGCUCAUGAAGGAUUCAAUGUUUUUGCCACCUUGCAGUUCCUGAUUAUGUGCCUACAAAGAGUCAUUCUGGAAGGAGGCUUAACUACACAUCUGUAAGAAAGCUGUGCGGGAUACUGCUUUAUCUAUGCUUUUUUUAAAUUUUCAUGGUAGGAAAGUAGUGAGCAAGAGUAGGGAGUGAAAUGAAAACCACACUUGGAUUUCUGAUAGGUUUAGUGCUGCCCAAACAUGGCAUCAGAUAAAUCUUACCUUUUUGACUUGUUGAAUGUGGUAUAAAUAAAUAUAUCAACAUGUGAGCAGAGGUGGGUGAGGUUAAAGACAGGUGUCUUCUGCACAGGAGUGAUGCAGGAGACUAGUGAUGGCUUUGAGUUGUCCAGGGGGUUACAUGAAAGAGGACCACAGUGGAAUCCUUAAUGGGAGGAAGGUGGCUACUACCAAAGAUGAGGAGUUAGGCUUUAAUCUGGAGACCUCCUAGAAUUCUGAAAAGGUCAAGAGCCAAGUUGUUCUGGAAGUACUGGGUAGAUGGAGGCAUUAUGUAAAACAGAUCGUAGUUAGCAAAUAGAUUCUGGUUUGAAACUCAGUGCUUAUGUACUUCAUAACACCCCCUAUGCCCCAGUUACCUCUUUGCCAGGUUGCUAAUUUCAGCUUCAUAUUUGUCCUCUGGAACAUUUGGCAAACAGUUUUUAAAAACUUUAAAAAACUUCUGUACAUUUUAGGGUUCUUUUCAGAGUACUGCAACAGUUUUUAUAAAAUAGUUUGCUUUGUAAAAGCAGGAUAUCAGUAUUUCUCAAUUAGAGGAAGCUCUUUUUCUGGGCAAUAAUGGGGUUUAAGGCCCCUUUUUCUUGUGAAAUUGUUGCUUUCAAUUUGUUUUAUUUAGCAAUCAUUUUUCAAAAUUCAGCAUUGCACUAGAAACUAGCUGCCCAGCAACUUUUGUUUAACAAUUAUAUAAGAAACUGCUGUUACAAUUGAUUGUUAGUGAGAUCCUCGCAGUCUCCAUAAAUAAUCUCUGCCACUGGAAGUUGGUUAUGGUUUAAUAACUGUUUCCUGGUACAUUCUCACCAUACUUGUCCUUUUUCUGUCAUCUGCCCUGUGACUUGAUGUAUAGGAGGAGACUGUAGUAACCAACUGUAAAUUAAACUGCUAUCCUGCUUUUUGCAUGCCCUCUUUUAUCCAUUGUCUAUCAGAGCUUCAGGAAACCUUAUUUUUUUUUUU